AUGUAUCUAUCUAAUUCUGUUAUCUAUCUAUCUAUCUAUCUAUCUAUCUAUCUAUCUAUCUAUCUAUCUAAUUAUGUUUUCUAUAUAAUUCUUAUCUAUCUAUCUAUCUAUCUAAGGAUGUUCAUUAUGUAUGUAUGUAUGUAUGUAUGUAUGUAUGUAUCUAUCUAUCUAUCUAUCUAUCUUAGGAUGUUCAUUAUGUUUGUAUCUAUCUAUCUAUCUAUCUAUCUUAGGAUGUUCAUUAUGUUUGUAUCUAUCUAUCUAUCUAUCUAUCUUAGGAUGUUCAUUAUGUAUGUAUCUAUCUAUCUUAGGAUGUUCAUUAUGUAUGUAUCUAUCUAUCUUAGGAUGUUCAUUAUGUAUGAUGUUCAUUAUGUUUGUAUCUAUCUAUCUAUCUACCUAUCUAUCUAUCUAUCUAUCUUAGGAUGUUCAUUAUGUAUGUAUGUAUGUAUGUAUGUAUGUAUCUAUCUAUCUAUCUAUCUAUCUAUCUAUCUAUCUUCCACUUUUCUUCUGUCCUUGGUACAAUUGUCCAUUGUCUUUAAAAAGAAAUUCUUGGUGGAAGCAUCGCUGCUGUAUUCCGCAUCGUUCGGCCCGUUGGCCAACGAAGUCUAG